UUCCUCCCAUAAGUAUAAGAUUUCGCCCUAGCUAGGGUUCUUCAUAUCUUCGUUCUUGCAGGAUGAACCUACCAUGGGAUAUCCUGUCAGACAUUUUUAUUCGGCUUCCUCUGAAAUCACUCGCACGAUUCAGGUGCGUAAACCACUCGUGGUACAGUCAAUUAAAAUGCCCCAAAUUUCUUAAAGCGCGAAAUGAUUAUGCUGUCGAAAUGGGCAAAUUCAAUCUCAUGUUUCAUAAUCAAAAUCAUAUUUAUACCUUUAGUUAUGAUACAUCAUUAUCUACAUGUGAAAGAACUAGUCAUAUCGAAUACCCUGAUGAAUCUAACGAGAAGGAAAUUGAGGUUUUAGGAUGUUGUAAUGGUUUGGUUUUGUUAAGGCACAUUGAUUUGAUGGACGAUGCAUCAUUGUCCUAUGUUAUUAUUAUCUUGUGGAACCCGACUACGAAUGAAUGUAAGAGAUUACCGAAUCCACCUAUUGGAAAGCAGGUUAAGGAUAGGAAUUAUGUAGAAUAUGGUUUUGGAUAUGAUGAACAAAUUGAGGAUUUCAAAGUGGUACAUUUGACACAGGCUUCAUAUGGUCGCUGGUCUAGGUGUGAGGUAUAUGUCUAUACUCUGAAAGCAAAUUCAUGGUCAAGAGUUGAUAGCGUUGAUAUAGAUGGUUUGCAUUAUCCAAGAUCAUGUGAUAUGGGUCGAUGGCCUGUUAAUGGAGGUUUUUAUUGGAUAGCACAACUGGAACGGAGAAAUUUCUUGCACGUCUUUUUUCUUCUUAGAUUUGAAUUCGAGACGGAAGAGUUCGAUGCGGUGCCACUGCCGGAUUUUGAUGAAAAUGCCAUAGUAUGUUUGUGUGUCUUAGGUGGAUCACUUUGUUGUUUUUGUUAUGGUACUGACGUUAUAGGUUUGUGGGAGUUGAAGGACAAUGGGGAGGAAGAGGAGGAAUCAUGGACCAAAGUUUUCAUCAUUCAACUAAGAGAACAUUUUGGGAAAGUAUCUAGUUUUAUGCCCUUGCAAUUUUUGAAGAAUGGAAAGAUUGUGUUAUUGUUAAAGCUGGCUGAUAAUUGUUUACAUAUUGUUCAUUAUGACCCAAAACAUUCUACGUUUGGAACUAUUUAUGCCCAUGAUGAAUCUCUAAGGGCUUCCGCUUUCAGUACAUCUGUCUAUGUGGAGAGCAUAUUUUCACUUGGCACAGGAACUUAUUUAGGGAAAGUACAAUGGGAGGCCUCCCACGAAGAAGAUUGGAGUAACUCAUCAGAAGAAGAUGAUGACAACGAAAAUACUGAUGGUGGUGAUGGUGAAGAAGAUUGAAAUAUCGAGGAGAAAAGCAAGUUAAUGGGAGUGUUGCGCGCCUAUCCCCUAGAAUCAAGCUGGGAUGUUCUUCCUGUUUUAUUUUUAUUCAUGUUUUUGGUAGUUCUCUAUUAGGAAACGUUAUUGCUCAUUUGUUUAGUCAGAUCUAUCAUGGUGUCCUUUUUUCUUCCCCCUGAAAUGUGGUACUGAAAAAGGAUGGAAAGGAGUUGUAUUUUUAUGGUCUUAGCCAUAGCAAGAUUCGUGUUUCAGGUUUAUUGUUUCUGUUAGGUGUUUAAAGUUUAAAGCUAAGUUCUAGCCUGUUUUAGUUAUCUUUAGGCUGCUGUUUCAAUACACAAGUUUAGUCUAUUGCG